UUUAUUCCUCACGCUGAGUGUGGGGGGUAAACCAUUUCCUUUAGUUCAUGGGGGUGUGUUAAAUACCCUCCUUUGACUUCACACAUCAGACUUGUGUUUGAUAGAGUUGUUGCGCAGAAUACAGUUAUUGCUGAUAGACAGAGCCGGGUCUUCUAGAAAAGCUCGUUGUUGUUUUCCAAGGCUCCUGGAGGUGGUUUAGUCCCGGUGGGCGGAGUCUUCAUGUCGGAGACAAUGUUGCAGUAGAAACAUCUGUGAGGCAGGAGUUUGGUGGGCGGGGCCAGCGAGGAUGGGAUCCGGUGGAGGAGAGCACAGAGCUGGGGUGUGCCAUCAUAUAACAAAUGUGGGAAAGUUUGCUUAAAAAAUGAAUUUUUGGUGUCCUUUAAAUCAGGCAUGGGCAACCUGAUGUGGUCGAACAACAACUCCCAGAUGUCACUGAAGCACACUAAAGGGAACUGAAUCUGCCGUUGAACAUGGUGCUUGUCCAUGGCAUGGAUUCCAUUCAGUCUCAGCACAACCAACCCACCAUCCUUUAUCCUGCACACAACACAAGUGUGACCGCCUGCCCUAUGUCCACGGGAGAAUUGUGGGUACCCGGGCUCUUCAAAGAUGGCGUCACAGGGAAGACAAAUGGCACAGUGCCAGCCCAGUUACUCUUCCCUGGGGAGAUAGCUGCUGCUGGCCUUCUCUUUGGAAUUAUAUGGAUUCUCUCUCUGUUUGGUAACGUAUUGGUCUGCCUUGUUAUCCACCGAAGCCGAAGGACUCAGUCUACUACAAAUUACUUUGUGGUGUCUCUGGCAUGUGCCGAUUUACUGCUCAGUGUGGGCAGCGCUCCCUUUACCCUUCUACAAGUCACCUCUGGCCGUUGGGCACUGGGCAAUGCCAUGUGCAAGCUGACACGCUAUUUCCACUACUUGACGCCAGGAGUCCAGAUUUAUGUCCUGCUGUCGAUCUGCCUCGACCGCUUCUACACCAUCUUGUACCCUUUGAGCUUCAAGGUGUCCAGGGAGAAAGCCAAGAGGAUGAUCGCCGCUUCGUGGCUCUUCGACGCCGCUUUUAUAUCACCUGUCUUCUUCUUCUACGAUGGUGUUGACGGGCACUGCAAUUUCUUCCCACCCCCUUCCUGGGACGGAGCUGCUUACGGGGUGGUUCACCUAAUGGUGGGCUUUGUGGUUCCGUCGGGGCUUAUAAUCCUCUUUUAUCAAAAGGUAGUGAAAUACAUUUGGCGCAUUGGCACGGAUGGGCUCACGGUCAGGCGCACGAUGAAUAUUGUGCCAAGGACCAAGGUCAAAACUAUAAAAAUGUUUCUGAUGCUCAACGCUAUCUUCAUGGUGUCCUGGUUGCCAUUCUACGUAGUGCAAUUGUGGCAUCCGGAUGAAAACGACAGGAGGCAGAGCUGCUUUGCUUUCCUCGCAGUCUCGUGGCUUUCAUUCGGUUCUUCGGCUGCCAAGCCCACCCUGUACUCUGUCUACAAUGCCAACUUCCGACGAGGCAUGAGGGAGACGUUUUGCAUGUCCUCCAUGAAGUGUUACAGGAGCAAUGCCUACACCAUCACCACCAGCUCUCGCGUGGCCAAAAGAAACUACGUGGGCAUCUGUGAAAUGCCCGCCCCUGCCAAAACCACAGUCAAAGAGUCUGUGUACGAUUCUUUUGACCGUGAGGCCAAGGAAAAAAAACUGGCGUGGCCCAUUGACUCCAAUCCCCCGAAUACAUUUGUAUGACCCCCAAAUGGACACAGAACAGCCGUGAAAUAUUGAAUCUAUCAACAAAGGAGGGGCGGGCCUCUCCAGCACCAUAUGGGUUAAUAAGAAAUGCUGCAAAAGGGGGUACAAUAGCUUCUCUUGUGAUUGUGACUGACCCAUUCCCUCCAUUAAAAGAACAGGAAAACUAAAA